UUCACCCCUAAUCUGCUUUGGCCGUGGCAUACAACUAUACAUCUGUCUCCAUUGUCUUCCGAGACUUGGAGAGUGCUGAGUGGAGACUGUCCAAAACGAAGUCAGAAAAAUAAAUCGGCAGUUGUCACGCCCUAGGUUGAUCGCGACUGACUAUUCGAAAAUCGAAAGAUGCUCGAUUCCAUGUUACGGAACUUGAGCAAACCUAUAAAAAACAUAUCUAGAUGCGUGAAAUCACGGAAUUUAAGUACCUAUCUCGGGAAUACACCGAAAGAAGCGGUCGAUUGUGUUGUGAUUGGAGCUGGGGUGGUCGGAAUUGCAGUGGCAAGAGAGCUAGCUUUGAAGGGUAGAGAGGUUUUGGUGAUCGAAUCUGCUUCCACUUUCGGUACUGGAACCAGUUCACGCAACAGCGAAGUCAUCCAUGCUGGGAUUUAUUACCCUCCCAAGUCUCUUAAGGCAAGUUUUUGUAUAAGAGGGAGAGACCUUCUGUACAAGUAUUGCUCUGAACAUGGGGUCCCUCAUACACGAGUCGGUAAACUCAUUGUUGCUACUGGAUCCUCAGAGAUUCCGAAGUUGAAUGACAUUCUGGAUCGUGGGAUAGAAAAUGGGGUUAAAGAUCUGAGGAUGAUUGAAGGUUCUGAUGCUAUGCAGAUUGAACCAGAACUGCAAUGCGUGAAAGCAGUAAUAUCACCUUCUACUGGGAUAGUUGAUACCCAUUCACUCAUGCUAUCUUUAGUGGGGGAUGCUGAGAAUCAUAGAGCAAAUUUCUGCUACAAUACUACUGUUAUUGGAGGCCAUCUUGAAGAUAAUCGCAUGUUUCUCCAUAUUUCUGAAAGGAAGGAUCUUGAAAACUGCAUUAGCAAGUCUCCACUUCUCCCAGAUCUUAUCCUCAUCCCCAGGCUUGUAGUGAACUCUGCAGGUUUGAGUGCUCCAUUCCUUGCAAAAAGAUUCAGUGGCCUUUCACCUGGCAUUGUUCCUGCUUCUUAUUUUGCUCGUGGUUGCUACUUCACGUUAUCAAAUGUUAAGACUCCUCCUUUCAAACAUUUGAUUUAUCCUAUACCUGAGGAUGGUGGCAUUGGAGUCCAUGUUACACUGGAUUUGGAUGGCCAUGUCAAAUUUGGCCCAGAUGUAGAAUGGAUCACAGACAUAGAUGAUGCAUCUAUCUUUUUGAAUAAGUUUGAUUAUUCCGUUCAUGCUGAUCGUGUUGAGAGUUUUUAUCCAAAAAUAAGGAGAUAUUAUCCUAACCUUAAGGAUGGAUCUUUAGAGCCAGGAUAUGCAGGAAUUCGACCAAAGCUCUCUGGUCCUAGACAACCUCCUGUUGAUUUUGUUGUACAGGGUGAAGAGAUCCAUGGCAUACCAGGUCUUGUAAACUUGUUUGGAAUAGAGUCACCUGGUCUAACUUCAAGCCUGGCAAUUGCUGAGCACGUAGCCGCCAAGUUUUCAAGAUAGUUCAGUUUUCUCAUGCUCAUGCUACUUGAAGGAAGCUAAGAUUAUCCUUUCUUUGUAUAUAGUUUUCUGUGGCAGUUGCAAUUUUCCUUCUCUCUCCUGCUUCAUGUAUUCAAGGUGAUUUUUUGUGAUAAUGGUUAUAUAUUGUCUUUAUAUCCAUUGGCCAAGUUCAGUUAUUUGUUUC